AUGGACGGCGUCAAGCAAAGAGCAAUUUGGAAAGAAGACCGGCGGUCUUUCCGUGCCCAUAUAAACCCCCGUCGCCCCAACGCAAUAAUAGACCCGACGUUACCGCCGACGUCUGAAUCCCCGCCCCUUCUCGCUCGCGCGUCGCCACCGCCGCCGCCGCCGUACGUUCACCUUCUUCCUCUCAUCGCGCCGCCGUCCGCAAGCUCCGAUCCGGCCAUUGGGUUUUCAUCAGUUAAGGAGGUGAAUCAUCUCUUCCAUGAUAAAGUGCACCAUUUGGCACCCAUCCUGGAUAAGGAUAGUGUCCGGCGCUUUCUCCGCUUUAUGCGGGGGAAUGGGCAGGGCACGCAAUGGGGUUCGAUCAUCACCCCGGAGACUUUGAACCAUUUGAUUGCACAAAAUGCGGUGAAAUGUGUCAAAGUUGCCUUGGAGGGUCAGGCACCUGAGCUUGAUGGGUGCCGGGCCGGUCCCAACUGCAUGAACCAGUAUGGGUACUAUCCCCUCCACCAAACUGCUGAAAUAUUUUCGGUCGACAUGAUUCAGUUGCUCAUCCGCCACGGCGCGUCCGCCAAUCUACGAACAGCCGGUGCUGAGGUCAUCGAGGGCCUUCUCCCACUCCAUGUUGCAGUUGAGAACACCUGCAUGCAUAAGUAUCUGGAAGACAGUCUAUACCCUAAUCACGAGCAUCGGGAUUACAGCGAGGCAGAUUCCAACUUUAUCUUCAAGCUCAUCCAUCUUCUGUGCCUACCUGAAAUGAAGAUCUUCUUGGAUACGACUCGGCUGAUUGCAAAACACACAGAUAAUCUAUUGGAUGAGCUGUGGAAUUACAUAAAAGAGGGAAAGCUUGCCGAGACAGCUGUUUUGCUCAUGGCAGCUCAAGAGCAGAUACGCAAGGGAACUUCUCGCAAGAGAAAUGGAGAUAGUAGGUCAGAUGGGUUUGCUAUUAUCUGUGACCGUAUUUGGAACAACAAUAUUGCUUUGCAGUCUGAGAAGGGUCAACAAGUGGAGGCAAGGAUAAAGCUUAAUAAUAUGGCAUUGAUGCUUGUUCAUGUAAUUUCCAAAGCUGGUGAAGGUCUUGAUUCAUACAUUCAGAAGCAUCUAGAGGUGCCGUAUUUCAUGCAGGUGCCCCAUUUGGAGGUCAUUGAACGUGUUUCCUCAAUUCUCAAGGAUAAUGGUAUUUGCCCUACUAGUGAAUGCAUAGAAAUUGGAAACAUCUACCCCUAUGAGGAUGUGUUGUCCAGUGAGAAUAUUGAUGUUCAUUUGAUGUUGGAGCCAGGCUACAAGAAAGAGAAAACCGAGACGAUGGGAGCUCAAACUCGCCAGGAGAAGCUUCUUCCCAUGGUGGAGAUCGGUGUUAUCUGCCCGGUCUAA